AUGGAACAGGUUCUAACAAACCAACAAGAAAGUUCGGAGAAUGGAAUAUUAUCAUGGGUUGAAGAUCAAUCUGAGCUUUCUCAGAAAAAACUUUUAAAAAAGAGGGGAAAAAUAUGUUCCAACGCAUGUAAUAAAUGCAAAAGGGAUAAAAAAAAGUGUGAUGGAGACUCUGAAACAAAAAAAGCCUGUACGAAUUGUAUUGAUCGUAAAAGGGAAUGCAAGUUUUCAAGCAUUCGUCGAAAACCAAGAGCAAAUAUUCAAAACGUUCAGCAACUAAUAAACAGAAUGGAAAUUAUUGAGGAAGAAUUAAAAAAAUUGAUUGAAGAAAUAUCUUUUAUUAAACAUAUAAAAAAUAUUUUUUUCAAAAUGAUAAAUCCAUCGACGACAAACGAACAAGUAAUGGAGUUGAGAAAAAGGCUUAUUGAAGAAUUAACAAAAGAACCGGAAAACCAAGAAUUCUUUGAAAAUAAAAUUAGUAUUGAAUCGCCUUCAUCGAGUUUACCUCGGUUCAACUCUUUCGAAGAUUUAUCUUCAGAAUCAAUGUCAUCUCAAAUAAAGUUUCCUGAUAGUCUCUCUUUCAAUUUUAAUGAUUUAAUGGAAAAUAAAGAGCUUUUGAAAAGCGAAAACGACACAGCGCUUUUGGAUGGAGAAUAUUUUCAGGCAGAAAGGCAAUCAGAAGAAGAAAAACAAGCGAAAGAAACCAAAA